UUUUACCAGAAUCUACAUCAAUCAGCAUAUCUCCAAACCUGACAGGUUUUUGUCUUGGAAGUCUUGCAACUAUCUCAUGUACAUCCUAUGCCAAGCCUCCUGCUAAAUACUCUUUGUAUCACAACACAAAGCUGGUCCAUGAUAACAGUAUUAGUGGUGUGUUUAGUGUGACAUUAAAUGAAUUAGGCAAGAACUACAUCUGUGUACCGUACAAUACUGUGGGGUUCGGCCAAAAUAGAAGUUUGGAGCUUCUUGUCAAAGAACCUCCUAAAGCCGAAAACUGUAAAGUCACCAGUGAGAAUAUGAUCAAUGGAUCGGUAGUUGAAGGAGAAAGAGUGACCUUGUCGUGUAUCAUCACUGGUAGUGAUCCACUGAACAUAACAUGGACCAAUGGUAGUCACGUGUGGAAUCRAGUGAACCUGACGWUUGAUUCUGUCAACAGAGAAAAUACUGGAAAUUAYYWUGUGACAGUUAAUAAUGGCAAAGAGUGCAACGAAACAAAAGGGRAAAAUCUUCCACUCAUCGUCUACUUUCCUUCGUCGUGUGAAAUACAUUCUGAUAAAAAUAUAACACUUAAAGAAACAGAGAAGGUCUCGCUAAACGUCACCACCACAGGAAACCCACCUGUUUAUGAGUACAUCUGGACUCAUCCUAAUGGAAGUAGACUGACCGCCAAUAGCACACUGACAUUUACUGCCUCAAGACUAGAUACUGGGACAUACAAGGUGUCUGUGCAUAAUGGUGUUGGUGAUCGGGGUAUUUGCACAAGUAACGUCGCUGUGCAAUAUUUUGAAGACCUUACUUGCGAAGCUGUUCCAGUUGAGGUGAAGGAGGGAGACAACAUAGCAUUGAAUUGUAGUGUCACUGCAUAUCCCCCAGCAAGUUACACCUGGAAUGUUGGAAAAGGAGCUGAACGCGGUACCGCAUCAAACGUAAUGUUCACUGCCUCACGUGAUCUUCAUAACAAAUCGUUUACGUGCACUGCAGAAAACUCCCGUGGAGUAAAGAACUGUUCGACAACACCUCUUAAAUUUCUUUACUUAGAUCCUCUGGAAGUGAUUGGAUCGAGUAACAAGAGCUACAGUCAGCCCAAUUCACUGGUAUUGUUUAACCUUAGUAUCAACGCUUAUCCCAGUAACGCAUCCCUGUCUUGCAAUCCUUCUGCACCGAAUAUAUUGACUACCAUCACCAGCCAUGAUGCAGGAUUAACUAGAAAACAGUAUUUGGUGGUAGUUAUCAUCCAGAAUGAUGUGGACAAUGCUAGCAUUGUGUGUAAAGCUGAAAAUAGCGUUGGUGUACGAGAAAGGACAUUGCAUUUUUACAGGCAACCAAUAUUUUUUAAGGAAACGUUUACCGGGCAGUUUAAAAUAACAAACCAAGAAUGGCAGGAUGACCUUAAAGAUACAAAAUCAGUAAACUACAAUGACCUUAAACAAAAGUGCAUCAAAAUAUUAGAAGCUGCAUACUUAGGUGUACCAUAUUUGGCUGCCAUAAGAGUAAAGGAUUUCAUUAAGGGAAGCAUCAUAGUGCGGUUUGAGCUCGAAGUCAUUGGUCAAGUGCCUGAUCCACUGGUGCCUUUGAGAGAUUAUAUCAAAACACAAGGAGAAGAAAUCGAUGGCUUACAGAUAGACUACAACAGCAUUCAGAAAUCAAGUGACUUCAAAGAAAAUACGCCGAUUCCAUGUAAAGAGGAGAACAAGACACUGGUACCAGUUCUUGGAGCCCUGUUUGGUUUGUCGAUUGUUCUGAACAUCAUAUUUAUAGUGGGGUUCCUGUGGUUAAGCAGAAAAGAUUCAAAAGGAAGUUCUGGAAAAAAAUGGAACAAAAGUGACGAGAAAGGACAAAUGAACGACAUCUCACUUCAAGAAACAAGUUUUAAUGCUACAGAUAACGAAACGCUAAACGUGCCAGAAUGUAAACCAAUAGGAAGGCGAGGAUUAUCGACGAGUAAUGCAGGCAUCCCUGAAUAUGAAGCGGUGACAACAAGAACCCGACCACGUCCACCACAUUCUGGUGUACGGACGAAUUACCCCAUGCCUCAGUAUGAAGGUACAGAUCAACAUGGACAAACAGAGGCUGUYUCAAAUCCACCUCCACUCACCUAUCAGACCAUCCCACUUCGUGCUGGUUACUACGAUUCACUGAGUCCUUUCACACGACUGCCCCCUAAGGGUACAGCACUGUCAUCCACAGGAAGCCCAACACGUACAGGAGAGUACCAGGCCCUUCAACCCAAGAUUGUGUCUCCACAGUACCAGUCUCUGGAUGACUUGAGCAAAUGCUAAGUGAAUAAGGACCAAACGAGAACAAUAUUGAUGAGCCAUUGCCUUUUUCUUUUAAAAAUGCUACUAAUAGAGUAAAUGAUAUGCAGGACAUCUGUACCAUUACUGAUAGCACACUCACUCCUCCAUUAUAAAUGAUACACUUGCAAUUUCAUUUGAUCACAUUUUGCUAUUUACUUCGGUUCAAAUUAAAUUCGUCACACGUUAA